AUGUCCGCCCCCCACCCCCAACACCAAACCAUCCCCCUCCUCCCCGUCAGCCUCGCCCUCACCACCCUCGCCCUCUACCUGCACACCCACCACCCGCUCCUCCCACACAUCGUCCUCAUCGCUUUCUACACCGCGAAGCUUGCCGCGCACUACGCCGUCGCCAACGGCGCCCUCAGCAUCGUGGACGACAUCGUGCGCAUCCAUGGCGCGGCCGUGAGAGAGCGGUGGAACACCGCACUGGGCAUCUUGCAGCUGGGGGCGGGUGUGGGCGUGUUGCUGUGGGGGGUCGUGUGUGUGGCGUGGGGGGUUCUGGAUUGGGUUUUUAGAGGGUAUUAUAUCUUGGAAGAGCCUGCAGUCGUCCCGUGUAUCCAAUACAAGGAAGAGGAAGAGGACGAAGACGAAGAGGAGGAGGAGGAGCUAGUGUUCAGACUCAGCGGGUCCGGGGGCAGGUUUGAAGGAGAAGUCGAAGUCAUGGGCGGGGAGGAGAAGGUAGUGGGCAGGUUUGGACCCGCGGGCUUUGCAAGUGUGUCUCCGAGCUCGACGAGGACGCUGGUGGUGUUUGAUCCUGCCAUGGCGCGCACUGUGGAGUGGCGGUACAGCUCGCAGCUACAGAAGGCGGUGGGUGAGGUGUAG